AUGCCGUUUAAUCAUAAUAGCAAGGCAAAGAGACCCAAGUUCCUAUUAGACUUGCAAAUCAAAGAACUAGUUAAUAUUCCUCAAUCUUCGGGUUAUUGCUAUACAAAAUGGCGUCUGAAGGACGGAACAGGUACUUCGGGACAUAAAAUAGCUCUAGAUGGCGAACAUCAAUCUGCUUCCACUCAAAGUAGAGGUACAACAAAACACGUACAUGUGCAGCACCAUAGAGCACAAUGGAAUUAUUCGCUAGACAAACCAAUUUUAGUCAAACUUCAUUUGGAUAAAAAUGGCAGGUUUUUGAAGAAGGCCUUAGUUUUGGACGUUUUUUUUGAGUUUGCGGAUGCUAAUUCAACAUUAACUCCUAGCUCAAGUACUAAUGGCAAAGUAAAGAAAACCACUCAUGCUAAUGCCACUGCACUAACUGCUACUGGAAAUAAUUCAUAUUCUCAGAAGAUAACGGGUAAACUUCUGUUAGGGACAGUAGAAGUAGACAUAACGGAAUAUGUCAAAGAAGACGAGACUCCGACAAUGAACAGGUUCCUACUGAAGCACUCAAAGGUCAAUUCUAUAAUCAAUAUUUCCCUGCUAUUAAAAUUAGUUAGAGGUUCUUAUCAAGAUUUCAACAUAUCAAAAUCGUUUACUAAUGGUCAGCUUGCUAAUUUCAGGCCGGGCAUAAACACUAUACUGGAUAACACGUCUGAGCUAUCAAGCCCUACGUCUACAUCGAUUCAGAUAUCACCCAAGAACACCUUUUCUAAUAGUAAUGGUAUUGGCACUUCUGCAGUGAAAUCUAGCACGAAUGGUCCAGGAAACAAUACAAGUAUCAAGUCACCUACAUCUACCAACAAGAGCAGCAGAGCGACAACCAAGCCAGGACUUUCCACUACAAUAUCGUCUUCAAUGAGUCCGCUAAUCGAGAGCUUAUAUCAGAAGACGUUUAAAUUACCUUGGGACCCAAGACCAGGGGAAUUUACUCCGAGAGAAUGCGUAGAGGAUAUUCUACAAGGCGGAAACGGUUGGGCUAAGAAUGAGAAAGGUAUUAAUUUGAUUGAUUUACAGGCAUUGAGGUUAAAUGAAAUGGAAGAAGAAUAUUACAAUCCAAACUAUGGUAAUUACCCUGGGAACAAAGCAAACAGUUGGCCUCCAAACCCUAGCGAUGACGGCUACAGUACCAUGGGCAAAAGAGAAUAUCUGGAGAAAAAACAAAACUGGAGCCACAUGUCACGUGCACAACGAGCGAAACUAAGAACUCAUGACGACGAGGAUCAAGAAAAUAUAGUUGAUAAUGAAGAAAGUGGCCAGAAUAAUGACGUUGUCGAAGAUAGCAACCCCACAGACUUUUUAACGGAUAGAAUAAGAGAAAACAAGAAUUGGUCUACUAUAACCCCAACGAGCUAA